AUGAAUAAAUUGCGAAACAGUUGCAGAAACUCGGGUCCAAAGAAGAAAUUAAGCUGCGCAUCGAAUUCAAGCUGUUGCUGUAAGAUCACCAGGUUGGCGGACAGCACAGAACUCUCGACUUCUUUCUCCUCUUCGACAUCAUCAUCUUCCUCAGACUCCGAAUGUUCAUGUUGCAGUUUAAGUUACGAUCAUCGAAAUUGCGAUCAUUCAAGGCGUGAUCGUUCAAAUCAUGAUUAUUCAAGUUGUAGUCGCCAUGCCUGUAAAAAUACACCCAAAGAACGAAAAAGUAAGACAAAAGCAAAGAGACAACUGACAUUGUUAUGCAAGUCGUCAUCGAAGAGCAAUACUUCAAAGAAAAAGUCUCGACGUAAGAAAAGACGUUCGUCACCAUCUCUGUGCUCGUGUUCGGGUUGCGAUUGUUCGGAGAACUCGAACGACAGCGACGAUGAGUGCGCCGUUACCUCAUCGAGCAAAGGAAGGACUAGAUCACGUCGUAGAUCAAAAGCAUAA